GCCUCGGCGCCAGAGAAGCGCGGGACGGUGCGGGCGGCCUCCCCGCCUCCACGCGCGCGCACGCCCCGCGCACUCCCGCUGCUUCGCCCAUCGCGCCGCGCCGUGCCGCGCAGGCAGCCGCUCGCAGAGCCAACAGCCGGGGCCCUGGCGUGCAGCGCGGGCCUCGGCGGGGCCCACCGCCCCGGCCCGGGAGGAUGCGGCCCGGGGCGGCCCGGGAGCUGAGCAGGGCCCCCGUGCCGGCCCUACCGGGCCCCGGCCUCCAGAGCCGCAGCCGCCGCCCCGCCCCCGAGAGAAAUGACUUCCAAACCGCAUUCCGACUGGAUUCCCUACAGUGUUUUAGAUGAUGAGGGCAGAAACCUGAGGCAGCAGAAGCUUGAUCGGCAGCGGGCCCUGCUGGAGCAGAAGCAGAAGAAGAAGCGCCAAGAGCCCCUGAUGGUGCAGGCCAACGCAGAUGGGCGGCCCCGGAGCCGGCGGGCCCGGCAGUCAGAGGAGCAAGCACCCCUGGUGGAGUCCUACCUCAGCAGCAGUGGCAGCACCAGCUAUCAAGUUCAAGAGGCCGACUCACUCGCCAGUGUACAGCUGGGAGCCACACGCCCAACAGCACCAGCUUCAGCCAAGAGAACCAAGGCAGCAGCCACAGCAGGGGGCCAGGGUGGCGCCGCUAGGAAGGAGAAGAAGGGAAAGCACAAAGGCACCAGCGGGCCAGCAGCACUGGCAGAAGACAAGUCUGAUGCCCAAGGCCCAGUGCAGAUCCUGACUGUGGGCGAGUCAGACCACGCCCAGGAUGCAGGGGAGACGGCAGCUGGUGGGUGCGAACGGCCCAGCGGGCAGGAUCUCCGUGCCACGAUGCAGAGGAAGGGCAUCUCCAGCAGCAUGAGCUUUGAAGAGGAAGAGGAGGAUGAGGACGAGAACAGCUCCAGCUCCUCCCAGCUAAAUAGUAACACCCGCCCCAGCUCUGCUACUAGCAGGAAGUCUGUCAGGGAGGCAGCCUCAGCCCCUAGCCCAAUAGCUCCAGAGCAACCAGUGGAUGUUGAGGUCCAGGAUCUGGAGGAGUUUGCACUGAGGCCAGCCCCCCAGGGUAUCACCAUCAAAUGCCGCAUCACCCGGGACAAGAAAGGGAUGGACCGGGGCAUGUACCCCACCUACUUUCUGCACCUGGACCGUGAGGAUGGGAAGAAGGUGUUCCUCCUGGCGGGACGGAAGAGAAAGAAGAGUAAAACUUCUAAUUACCUCAUCUCUGUGGACCCAACAGACUUGUCUCGAGGAGGGGACAGCUAUAUCGGGAAACUGCGGUCCAACUUGAUGGGCACCAAGUUCACUGUCUAUGACAAUGGAGUCAACCCUCAGAAGGCCUCAUCCUCUACUUUGGAAAGUGGAACCUUGCGUCAGGAGCUGGCAGCUGUGUGCUACGAGACAAACGUCUUAGGCUUCAAGGGGCCUCGGAAGAUGAGCGUGAUUGUCCCAGGCAUGAACAUGGUUCAUGAGAGAGUCUCUAUCCGCCCCCGCAACGAGCAUGAGACACUGCUAGCACGCUGGCAGAAUAAGAACACCGAGAGUAUCAUCGAGCUGCAAAAUAAGACACCUGUCUGGAAUGAUGACACACAGUCCUACGUACUCAACUUCCAUGGGCGUGUCACACAGGCCUCCGUGAAGAACUUCCAGAUCAUCCAUGGCAAUGACCCGGACUACAUCGUGAUGCAGUUUGGCCGGGUAGCAGAGGAUGUGUUCACCAUGGAUUACAACUACCCGCUGUGUGCGCUGCAGGCCUUUGCCAUUGCCCUGUCCAGCUUCGACAGCAAGCUGGCGUGCGAGUAGAGGCCUCUUCGUGCCCUUUGGGGUUGCCCAGCCUGGAGCGGAGCUUGCCUGCCUGCCUGCUAUGGAGACAGCCCUGCCUACCCUCUGUAUAUAGGCCUUCUGCCAGAUGAAGCUUUGGCCCUCAGUGGGCUCCCUGGCCCAGCCAGCCAGGAACUGGCUCCUUUGCCUCUGCUGCUGAGGCAGGGGAGUAGUGGAGAGCGGGUGGGUGGGUGUGAAGGGACGAGAGUAAUUCUUUCUGUGCCCCGAGAUCGACACACACCCCAACCUUUGGGGUAGUGUUUGCAGUCGUGCUUACCAAGCUGAGCAACUUUUUCAGCUGGGAAGGCCGGAAGAGGCAUAGAGGGAGAGGAAGCACAAUGCAGGGCUGCUGUGACCCAGUCAUCCGCUCAGCCAAGGAGUCAGAUGGCAACAGGUACCCCAGCAGGUAGGGGCACAGUGAGUGUGUGUAUGUAUGAGGGCCACAUCAACUUUAUGUAGCAAAGGGCUUGGUGGCCGAGCCUGGCCCUUAAACAACUGCAGAAAGGCUCACCCAAGCCUGAAAGAAGUUGGGAGGGUGGUGGGGACAGGUAAGUGGCAGGACCCUAACAGGACUGGAGGGUCCUGGUUCACUGUGGCUGUGGGAAUCAGCUGGUGGCUAGGGUUCUAGCGCAUUUCAUUUCUCCAGGUUUGCUCUCACAGAGGCAGCAGGAACCCAGCUGUCCAGGCUGACUGUCUUAGUAGAUGGGCCCUGCAGGACACAGGGUCAUCAUGCAGAAGUGCGUGAACAGGGUCCCUGGAUCAGGGUUGUUCUGGGAGUCCUGUCAGCUGCCCCAGGACCUCUCUGCUUAGCAGCCCAGCACAACUCCCAGGAAACACAGAUGGGGUCCAGGUCACCAGCCUGACUGUACACAGCUAGGCAUGCCUGGGGAUCCUGCUGGCAGAGAACCAUUCCCAAGCCAUGACGUGCUCCUGGAAGAAUCCUCUCUCUCUCUCUCUGGAAAGACUCAACUCUCACUGCUGUCAGCCAAGUCAUGGUUGGUAAAGCCUUCUGUGUAUGGUUCUUGGGAGGAAAUGGGACAGGGUGAAUAAAGCAGGGACUACUUUAGAACCACAAGAGAUCAGUAGUGGCAGGACACUUAGGGAUCAACUAGUACAACCUUAUUGCUUUAGGUGAAUCACUCAGAAAACAGGGCUUGCCCUGGGUCACCUAGCUGGUUAAUGGCAGCGUUCAGAACCUCCAGUUCUCGAUUUCUUUGUUCCCACUGUCCCUCAAGAAACUAGUGUCUCUGGGUCUCUAGCCUCCUGGGGCCCAUUCUGCAUGCCCUCCCCACUUCCCCUGAUUCCAGAGACUUAGAAACAUCGGAGUUGAUACAUAAGAUUGAAACCAUUCCAGUAGGAAUUCAGGCAGUUCCCUGUUCAAAGUUGGUUUUUUGCACAAGUAUGAUCCAGGAUUGGCCUGUGUCUGGCCUCUCCGUGAGGACUGCUCAGUGGUGAGCAGGCUUUAGUAAGGCUGUGGCAUGCUUCUCAGUUUAGAUGAGAGAGAGUGCAUAAAGGUUUUGGGGCUGGGCCUGAUUACUCCCUCCACUGCCACUGCUAUUUCUCCUUGGAUGGCACUAUCCACCGUGCAGGCUUGGGAACUUGAAGCUCAAGCUCUUGCUCAUUUAUCAUUUACCCUGGUGGAGGCUUCUUGCCCAGACAGAGAUCACAAAUCAGUGGGAAGCAAGAAGGGAUUGAACCUUGCUUUAGAGUAGAUAUGUUUGGAAGAGCUAAGCAGAAAUUAAUUUUUAAAAAUAAAAGUUGCAUUUUAAACAUGGUAGGCUUUAUAGGUGAAGGACUUAUUUUGACUUAAGUAGAAGUAGUAUGCUCUCAUUUCUUUGUAAUCUAGAGUUUCCUAUGUUGAAUGCUUAAAGCAAGGCAUACCUGUUCUAGCAGGAUCUUCCCACACCUCAGCCAUACAGCUCUGUGAGAGGCACCUCCAAUGAUUCACUUUUGCCACAUGGUCCAGUUUCUAGAGUGCGCUAGAACCUUCUGUGCCAGGGCUGGUGAAACAUCAUGGUGCCAUCCUCCUUUCUACAGUUCCAGUUUAGCCCUUCCUUCCCUACCUUUAAGGAGAAGAGAUCUGCAUUGUGACAUUUGAGAUGCUGGACACUAGGUCAUCUCUAAUGUUUGGUCAAGCUAUUUCUCUGGAUUUGUGAUUUUAAGAUAGAACAGGCUCGUUCUGAGUUCUGGUGAGACAGAGACCUUGGUGGCAGUGGAAAAACCAAAAGCACAAAGGAAAACUCUUGACCUCUGCUUUCUCCUGUGGCAUACAGAAGAGGGAGCUGGCUGGAUCUUUUGGUGGGGUCAGGAAAUACAGGCUGAGCUUUCUAGCCUGGGUGUGGAGAACCGUAGCCUCAGCCACAAAACUCUUGUCAGGCAUUGAGUGACAAGCAUCCACAGCUAAGUGCACUCCUGGAAAUGCUGGUUUUCCUUGACCAGUGGCCGUGGGGCCAUGAGCACAAGGACUCCUAAAGCUGCUCUAGGGCCCCUGGAAACCACCUGGGUUCAGCCUCUCCCACAAUAAGAGUUCUUGCCCUUCAUACCCUCUACCUGGAUGGAUGGUCCUUGAUUGGGCAGGGAAUCAAUGACAGAAUGAGCAGUCCCUAACAGUAUUGGGCAGUUGGGACCUUAGGCAGCUUCUCUCUAACUGCUCCUGGGACCACACCCCAAACUCUACACCCUCUGCCCCCAAACAAUUCUUCUGCAGAGUGGUGAAGUUCACUUCCCCAACUCUUCUCCAAGUCUAGCUUUUCUUUCCAUUCUGGCUCCAAGGUGCUCUGUGUCCGUCUGUGUAUAUGUGUAUCUGUGUGUCUGUGUAUACUGGGGAAAAGGGCAAUCAGUAAUCAACUGAGGUUUCUUAAUUGUGAUCAUAUUGCUAAGAAAUGAGUAGGAAAGGAAUAAGGAUGUUGUUAUGAUCGCCUGUGGAUUUUGUCCAUUCAUUUCAUGCUCUUUAAACAGAAGGUACACCUGGGAAAAUACCAGCUUUUUCUCUCAGGGUUCUGAGUGAGAGGACAUCAUCCAAGAAAGGUGUUAACUUUUCAGUUCCCUCUCUCCAUUGCCUGAAGAAAUUGGUAUGUUGCACAUAUGGUUGAAACUGAACAUAUUCUAGUGGAUGUGCCUUAAAAAUCAUGACACUAGUUCAGAGGAAGCACAUAAGGUCCAGACCUAUGGUGAAGACAGGUGUUGGAAGCCAGGACUGUGAUAAUCAGAAGCUGUAAGAGAACUUUUGGAGCCUGCCUCCUUCAGUAACAAGUAGGGCACAAAAUUAUAGAAGAACUUUUUUUUCCCCUCAUUCUGAAAAUAGCAGGACAUUUACCUCUUAAAUAAACUUAGCAUUUAGAGGUAGUUCUAAUUUUACAAGUGGCAGGGUUGAUUUCAAAGAAAAAGGUCCAUGCUUUGCUUACAAUUGAGUCUGCAGUGAGGGGAGAUGCUGGGAUAGCCAUUUCCAUGGCUCUGUUAUGCAAGCACAAAUUCCAUCUCCUAGAUGGACUUCCUGGUUUUCUCCUACUGCAGUAACACUGGCCUUCCCUUUUCUAACUAACUCCUUAUGCCAGCUGCAGCAUCCCUGUGUCAACUCAGGUUGCCAAGUGGUCCUGAAUACACUUCUCCACAUAGCUGAAUGAGUCUGCUUUCACUGAAACUGGGACCUGAAUGACCGUAGUUAGGGCCCAGAGUUGGGACACUACACUACCUGGAGCUCUGGUCUGUAGGCUUGUAGUAGCCACCAGUAAUAGGCCAAGAGCUGGGCUCUUGUUUGAGUUUAUGGCCACCUGGAAUUUUCUGUCAUCUCAGGACACAGGGGAGAAGGGCAGAACAGACAUAUUAUGACAGGUUUGGUUUUUAAAUUUUCCAACCAAGUGAAAAGGCAAGUUGGUCUUGGAGAAUGCACUACUGCACUUAGUAGCUAUGUGAUUUUGAGCAAACCCCGUAAUCUUUCUAGGUCCAUUUUCUUAACAAGAUGAAGACGUUACAUUGUCAAAGCUUGCAGUAGGAUUUGGAGUGAAUGAAAGUUACUCUUUGCUUUCAUCACUACUUUUAUAGCUCAUCACUGUGCCUUUUUUCCUUCCUAAGAAAGACAUCACAUCCCUCUCCUUCUCUGUGCUCCUGUCCCUCACUCCCCCUGGCAAGGUCCAGGCAAAGCUGGAGAAUAGGCUGAGAUCCAGAGUUUCCUAGAAGGCAACGUAGAAUGACUAGGAAAGGGAAGCCUGACUGCUGGUCAGGAGGGGUGAAGUUUCUUGCUGGGAACACACAGCCAGUUUUCACAAUGCCUAGAAUGUGUAUGUCUAUUUGCACAAGAUUGUCUUUUCCUAUUUUGGAGUGGUCAGACAUUUUAUUUUUGUUCAAGAUUAUCUGGAGUUUUAGACAAAUCUGUGCUUUUAUUAAGUGAAUUUUUGAAUAAACUUCUUUGGUAUUCUGGAGGAAAUGUAUUUAUUUAUUGGUAUGUGCAAUGACAAACUUGGUAUUUUCCCAUGUUGACAUUAUAUAUGUUGUAGAAUUUAGUGUUUGUCUAAGUACAGAUAUAUAUCAACACAUUAAACUUGAACUGUUUCAACA